AUGGCGGUUCGUGGGUUCUUUCGAACGCUGUUCUCCUACCUGUGUUUUCUGGUAAAAUGGACGGUACAGCUGAUCGUCCUGAGGAUCCUGGGAGUCGUCUCUCCCGACAGACAGCGCGAGAUCCUGGUUAGAGUUGCCAAGGCAACGCAGUUUUGGGACUGUCCGCUAGAGUUCGACGACUAUGCAGGCACCUUCCUAAGUCUCUCAGCCUACCUGGACGUGUGUGGGGCGGUGUGGCGUGAUGUCAGCAGUUACGUCAUGGUCGGGUCACCGGCGCCGAGGUGUGACGUCAUCGAACUGGACACGGGAAGAACACGGGACCUUUUAGAAUUCGGAAAUCCAGUGGAUACGAUGGACAACAACGUAGCAAAAACCUACGCCUGUUAUCCUGACCGUCUGUUUGUGAUUCUAGACGGUAGAGUUGUCUACAAGGGAGGUCUUGGACCGGAGGGUUACCAUUUGGAUGAGGUUCGGGACUGGCUACAAAACUUCACUGGCAAGGAUCGACAAAGAUAACUUUACUUCUUUAGUAGUGAUGGUUUAUUGAAAAGUUACAUCUGCAUUUUGACAAUUGAUAAUUGCAGCCCACGUACUGAAUCGGAGAACAGACAUUGCUCACUAAACAGUCCGAAAACUACAUUCGAAAUUGACAACGGUACGUAGUCAACUUUUUCCUGUAGUUGUUGAUAACAAAAACAUCAAGAACAAUGGAUGCAAAAACGGAUGGCAAGUUGUAAGAGUACAGGUAAGAAUAGCUGCAAAGAAGUUGACGGACAAGAAAACGGAAAGUGCGAUAUAGAAUGACGGGUUGUGCCUUAAACCACAAGAACGGGUCAACCUUGAAACACAUGUCAUGCAUUUCCUUUUUUUCUUGAAAGUGAACUUAUG